AUGAUCAACGUUGUCGAGCCUUCGCAACACGAGCUCAAGAAGAUUGAGACCGUGGUUGUGAAGAGCGUUUCGCCUUCUCCUUCGACCGAGGAUGAUCAUGAUUUACCAAAGCUAGAGCGGAUGCCUCAGACCGUUAGGACCAAUGGUCAGGUAAAUGGCUUCCGUACUCCAGAGACAAUCGAUUCGCUUGACUCAGAUGAUCCGGUGGUCAUAGUCGGCAUGGCCUGCCGACUUCCAGGAGGAGUCUCAUCGCCUCACGAUCUCUGGAAUCUGCUUAUUCAGCAGAAAUCAGGUCAAUGCAAAGUCCCCAAGGAGCGCUUUAACAUUGACGGUUAUUACCAUCCGGAAGGCGAUCGAGCAGGGGCCAUGAUUUCCAAAGGCGGAUACUUCAUUAACGAAGAUGUCCGACAGUUCGAGAACACAUUCUUUGGCAUCAACAAUCUCGAGGCAACCUACAUGGAUCCCCAACAGCGAAAGCUACUCGAGGUGGUCUAUGAGUGCUUCGAAAACUCAGGAACCUCGCUGGAAGAUGUUGCUGGAUCCAACGUUGGCGUCUACGUUGGCAAUUUCACCGUCGACUUUCAGACAAUGCAAACCCGGGACCCAGAAUACCUCCACCGAUAUAGCGCCACCGGUUCAGGUACCGCCAUCUUGGCGAACCGUCUGAGCUAUAUUUUCGACCUUCGAGGACCUAGUUUUGCACUUGACACAGCCUGCUCAUCCACCAUCUAUUGCCUGCACAAUGCCGUUGUCGCACUGCAGGGUGGCGAGUGCGAUGCGGCCAUAGUAGCAGGCGCGAAUCUCAUCACCGCUCCAGAGCAGCAUCUCGGAACGAUGAAGGGCGGGGUUAUAUCCCCCACAUCAACGUGCCACACAUUCGACGCCAGUGCUGACGGCUACGGAAGAGCCGAGGGUGUCAACGCUCUUUACGUGAAGAGAUUAUCGACUGCACUCAGAGACGGCGACCCUAUUCGGGCAGUGGUUCGUGGAACUGCGAUCAAUGCACAUCCGGAAUCACACAGCCCAGUAUCCUUGGUCAAGAAGAGGUCAUCCGGAAAGCAUAUAGGAAAGCCGGACUUGACCCGAAGGACACAGCCUACGUCGAAUGCCACGGAACUGGAACCGGGGUAG